AAUUUCUGCAGAACUAAAAGUAACCGUAACUGCUCGAUCAUAGGAUGGAGGAAGCAACACAAGUAGCGAGUCCCGAGGUCCCUGUAGUGAAAAGUGAUGCUGUUGACCUUAAUACAGCUGAUGUUUCCGUCAAGCCUGUGAAUGGAGGAGUGACAAAGGAAGGGAAAGAAGAGGAAGAUACAACAGAUGGGGAAUUCAUAAAAGUUGAGAAGGAAGCUUUUGAUGCCAAGGAUGAUGCCAAGAAAGCAGAGCAUGUUCCUGCUGAAGAGCAAAAGCAAGUUUCAAUUGAAAGAAGCUCGAGUGGUUCAGAAAGAGAACUACAUGAAUCACAAGAAAAGGCGAAGGAACUAGAGCUGGAAUUGGAGAGAGUAGCAGGGGAGCUGAAACGGUAUGAAUCUGAGAAUACCCACUUAAAGGAUGAGCUUUUGUCUGCGAAAGAGAAGUUAGAAGAAACGGAAAAGAAGCAUGGAGAGCUCGACGUCGUCCAUAAGAAGCAGCAAGAGAAAAUUGUUGAAGGGGAAGAGAGACACAGCUCUCAGUUGAAGUCCUUGGAAGAUGCUUUGCAGUCCCAUGAUGCCAAAGAUAAAGAACUAACUGAAGUUAAGGAAGCUUUUGAUGCAUUGGGCAUAGAACUCGAGAACUCACGAAAGAAGUUGAUAGAGCUGGAAGAGGGGCUAAGUCGUUCAGCUCAAGAGGCUCAGAAAUUUGAAGAGCUGCAUAAUCAAAGCGCUUCUCAUGCUGACUCUGAGACGCAGAAGGCUUUGGAAUUUGCACAGUUGCUUGAAUCGACGAAAGACAGUGCCAAGGAGAUGGAGGAAAAAAUGGCGUCCCUGCAGCAAGAAAUUAAGGAGCUGAAUGAUCAGAUUUCUGAAAAUGAAAAAGUUGAAGCGGCGUUAAAGAGUAGUGCUGGAGAAUUAGCUGCAGUGCAAGAGGAAUUAGCAGUUUCAAAAUCUCGUUUGGUGGAGACGGAACAAAAAGUGUCUUCCACAGAAGCCCUCAUUGAUGAACUGACUCAGGAACUUGAGCAGAAGAAAGCUUCCGAAACUCGGUUCAAGGAAGAGUUAUCUGUUCUCGAGGAUUUGGUUGCUCAGACCAAAGACCUUCAGGCGAAACUUUCUGAACAGGAAGGUAUUAAUUCAAAGCUCGGGGAAGAACUCAAAGAGAAGGAACUGUUGGAAUCCUUAUCGAAAGACCAAGAAGAGAAGCUGAGAAUUGCAAAUGAGAAGUUGGCGGGAGUGUUAAAAGAAAAAGAAGCACUUGAAGCAAAUGUAGCAGAGGUCACAAGUAAUGCAGCUAAAGUAAAAGAGAUCUGCAGUGAACUAGAAGAGAAACUGAAGACUUCAGAUGAAAAUUCCUCCAAGGCAGAUGCUCUUCUGUCUCAAGCUUUGUCAGAAAAAUCUGAACUUGAGCAGAAACUGAAAUCGGUGGAGGAGCUUCACAAUGAAACUGGAUCUGUAGCAGCAGCAGCUACUCAGAAGAAUCUUGAGCUCGAGGAGGUUGUUCGGUCCUCUAGUCAAGCAGCAGAAGAAGCAAAAUCACAGAUCAAAGAGCUGGAGACACAGUUCACUGCAGCUGAACAAAAGAACGUGGAGCUAGAGCAGCAACUAAACUCAUUGCAACUGAAAAGCAGUGACGCGGAACGGGAAUUGAAAGAACUCUCCGAGAAAGUAUCUGAACUAAAAACUGCUGUUGAAGUUGCCGAGGAAGAGAAGAAACAGGCGACCACUCAGAUGCAGGAAUUCAAAGAAAAAGCAUCCGAAUUGGAAUCGUCUCUGAACAAAUCAUCAGCCAGAAACUCAGAGCUUGAAGAGGAUUUGAGAAUCGCUUUGCAGAAGGGUGCAGAGCAUGAAGACCGUGCUAACACGACUCACCAGCGCAGCAUUGAACUAGAAGGUCUGUGUCAAACAUCACAGUCGAAACAUGAAGACGCAGAAGGAAGACUGAAAGACUUGGAGCUUCUACUCCAGACAGAAAAAUACAGAAUUCAGGAACUUGAGGAGCAGGUUAGCUCGCUAGAGAAGAAGUGUGGGGAAACUGAAGCAGAUUCCAAAGGUUUCUUGGGUCAGGUGGCUGAGCUUCAAUCCACACUUGAGGCAUUCCAAGUGAAAAGUUCGAGCCUUGAAGCUGCUUUGAACGUUGCAACUGAGAAAGAGAGCGAACUGACGGAAAAUCUAAACGCUGUGAUGGGAGAGAAAAAGAAACUAGAAGAUACAGUGAGUGAGUACAGCUCGAAGAUCAGCGAGUCUGAGAAUCUGUUAGAAAGUCUCAGGAAUGAAUUGAGUGUCACACAAGGAAAAUUGGAGAGCAUUGAAAAGGAUCUUACAGCUGCUGGCUUAAAGGAGAGCGAAGUAAUGGAGAAACUGAAGUCUGCUGAAGAGAGUCUUGAGCAGAAAGGAAGAGAAAUAGAUGAAGCUACGACGAGAAGGUUGGAGCUUGAAGCUUUGCAUCAGUCUUUAAGUAUAGACUCGGAGCAUAGAAUACAAAAGGUAAUGGAGGAUUUCACUAGCAGAGAUUCAGAGGCCAAUUCUUUGACGGAGAAAUUGAAAGAGCUCGAGGACAGAGUAAAAUCAUAUGAAGAGCAGUUGGCUGAAGCAUCUGGCAAAUCCUCUUCUGUGAAAGAAGAACUUGAUCAGACUUUGGGAAAACUCGCUGCUGCAGAAACCGUUAAUGAUAAACUCAAACAAGAGUUUGGUGAGGCACAAGAAAAAACUUUGCAGGCGUCAUCAGAAAAUGAACUACUAGCAGAGACGAACAACCAGCUCAAGAUCAAAAUUCAAGAACUUGAAGGGUUACUAGCUUCGAGUUCUGUCGAGAAGGAAACUGCCUUGAAACAGUUGGAAGAGGCAAUGGAAAGGUUGAACCAGAAAGAAACAGAGUUUAAGGACUUCAUUGAAAAGCUAACAACACAUGAAAACCAAAUCGAGGAGCAUAAAAGGCUUGCUCAUGAGGCAUCAGGAGUUGCAGAUGCUAGACAGGUUGAGCUUGAAGAGGCUCUAUCGAAAUUGAAGAAUCUUGAAUCUUCUAUUGAAGAGCUCGGGGCUAAAUGCCAAGGGCUUGAGAAAGAAAACGGGGAUCUCGCAGAGGUGAAUUUGAAGUUGAACCAGGAACUGGCCAAUCAUGGAUCAGAGGCCAACGAGUUGCAGACAAAGCUCUCUGUUCUGGAGGCUGAGAAGGAGCAAACAACCAAAGAUCUCCAGGCUUCCAAGGCAGCCAUAGAAGAUGUAACAAAGCAGCUUACUUCUGAAGGGGAGAAAUUGCAGUCACAGAUUUCUUCCCUCACCGAGGAGAACAACCAAGUCAAUGCGGUGUUUCAGAGUACCAAGGAUGAGCUCCAAUCAUUUAUUGCAAAGCUUGAAGAGCAAGUAACCGUGGAGAGGUCCAAAGCUGAUACUUUGGUGUCCGAGAUUGAGAAUCUCAGGGCAGUGGCUGCUGAGAAGUCUGUUUUGGAAUCACAUGUUGAAGAACUUGAAAAGAAUUUGACAAAAGUCGAAUCUCAGUUGAAAGAAGAGGUUGAAACUGCAGCUGCUGCGUCUGUAAAAGUGUCAGAACUGACCUCAAAACUGCAGGAACAUGAACGUAACGCCAGUGACCGAGAUGUGCUCAAAGAGCAAGUGCUUCAGCUUCAGAAAGAGCUUCAAGCAGCUCAGAGUUCCAUCGCUGAACAGAAACAAGCACACUCGGAGAAGCAUACAGAGCUGGAGUCUGCACUAAAGCAAUCACAAGAAGAAAUUGAAGCUAAGAAAAAGGCGGUCACUGAAUUUGAAUCAAUGGUCAAAGAUCUUGAGCAGAAAGUUCAGCUCGCGGAUGCUAAAGCUAAGGAAACGGAGGCAAUGGAGGUAGAUGUUAAAUCUCGAGACAUUGACUUGUCCUUUUCUUCUCCAACGAAACGUAAGAGCAAGAAGAAGUCAGAGGCAUCUCCUUCUUCUUCGGGAAAUGUUACUACUACUCAGACAGCCUCAACUUCGCAUCUCAUGUCAGUGAAGAUCAUCACUGGAGUUGCUCUGGUUUCCGUUAUCAUCGGUAUGAUUCUUGGGAAGAAGUAUUAGUCUUCUCUGGUGUGUUGUGAUGUUCAUAUGUGAAGAUCUCUCCUUUUUUUGGUUUUUUGGGGGUUUUGAAUUUUGAUCAAACUCUCUCUUAAGCUCAUGAGAGAGAUAUGAUGCGUAGCAGAAAUUAUGAAGCUCUGCUUGAAUUUGCUUCUCUCUGCAGAUUGUUUUUGGUUUUUGUUUUUUGUUUUUCUGGGUUGGGGAUUUUUUUUUUCUGGCUUGUAGGUCAAGCAAUGUCAUGUUAAUGUACUAUCAAAUUAUAUGAAGGUGAAGGUUGUUAAUUGCUCCACAUGGUCCAGUUGAACCGCUUGGUUUAAAAUAGACUCCGGUUUAGUCGACCCGCAUUGCCUAUAUAAGGCCACUCCAGUGACCGUCUCUUUCCUCCAUAUCUCCCAACUUUUCUUUCCUCUAUAUUCCGAAUUGAACUUUUACAGUGAGAAGAGAAGAUGGCGCUAAGCAUGGCGGAAACCCUAGAAACCGUAAUCCAUAACGCCCAAGAAACGGAUUACUAUUGCGAUCCCGAGGAAGAUGACAUUGGUAUCUCUCUCCUUCGUCUCAAUAGCUUCGGGAGCUCCUCCGAUCGCCGCCGCGCGAACUCGUCUCCUCCUCAGUUUCAAUCGUAUGGAUCUUUCGGCUCUUCUUCCACCGUUGCCACCAGCCCCGUGAAACGCCCGUCCCCGGAGUCGAAAGAAGCCGACGAGCCCAGGCGCAAGAAGCUGUUUCAUCCCCGACCCGAGGCUGAGGAAGACGAGAAAAUGUCUAAUCUCAUGGGAUAUUCGAAGAUUCCGCUUCCUCCUGCCGAUUGCAAUCCGACUCAAAUCCGUUCGUCUCCUAUCUACAGGCGAUCUCUCUCCGAUACGUUUGCUUCUCCCGUCGCAUCUACAUUCGGGUCGGGUUAUACCCGAAGCGGCGUCGCUCAAGAAACAGCACCGUCGGGUAAAACCGUCCCUUCUCUCCCGCCACGGCCAAAGCCACCGGCCUUCCGGAGGUCCGUCUCCGAUGUCUCGCCGUCGCCUUUCAAGGAUCCUCUUGGAUCUUCUCGCUACACUGCAAUCCCUGAAGCUGAUGUUGCGGAUCCCGAAACCUCUGAAGCCAAUAAGAUGCUGUAUGUGAUCAAGGACGGAGUCCGAGAAUUGGAUCAGUGGUGUAACCAGCUCAUCAAGUACGGUGAAGCAGUCUCUUCUGUCAAGCAAGACGACAGUCCUAAGGCGGAAGUUGAGUCGCAAGAGGAGGAGCAAGAGAAAGACUUUAAAGAAGGAGUUAAGGUGGACAGAGUCGGCGAGGCCUUUGUGGUUGUGAUCAACUGUCCCUGUGGACGAAACUACCAAACUCUCUUCUCAGGCCGUGACUGCUACUACAAGCUCCUGUAGAUAUGGUUUGAUAAGUCACACGUUCUUUGAUUGAUUCAUCAUCAUAAGUGAAAGGAUCUCUCCUGCUGCAAAUUCAUCACAAAGCUUCUGUAGAUACACAUUGUUCGAAUCCAUACGCACUGUUUCAUACACAUUAUUUUCUUGAUGUAGAACACUGUUUCAUACACGUUGAUCCGUAUGCUCUGUUUCGUGCUUUGUAUAUAAUCUCUUGUAGAUACUAGCUAAUAGAUUCACAUUGACAUUGUUGAGUGUUCCAUUGUCAUACUUUUGUUGCCUCCAUUGAAAUAAAAGUUU